AGGAGGCGUGAGACAAAGCAGUCGGCUCGGAAUUAGACCUGGCAGCGCGCUGUGCAGCGGGAACUCUCUCGUGCUGGAGCAGCGAGCGCCGGGCUCCCGCUUCGCUGGCUCCUUCGGUGGCUUUCUUGACUGCGGGGCGCACUCCCUGUUUUUUGCUGCGAGAGGAAAGAAGGCACCAUCAAUGAAGGAGAGAAGAGCGAGCCAGAAAUUAUCCAGCAAAUCGAUCAUGGAUCCUAACCAAAACGUCAAGUGUAAAAUCGUGGUGGUUGGCGAUAGCCAGUGUGGGAAAACUGCCCUGCUCCAUGUCUUUGCGAAGGACUGCUUCCCAGAGAAUUAUGUGCCUACAGUGUUCGAAAAUUACACGGCCAGUUUUGAAAUUGACACACAAAGAAUAGAGCUGAGUCUGUGGGACACCUCGGGUUCUCCUUAUUAUGACAACGUCCGCCCGCUUUCCUAUCCAGAUUCCGAUGCUGUCUUAAUUUGUUUUGACAUCAGUCGUCCAGAAACCCUUGACAGUGUGCUAAAAAAGUGGAAAGGUGAAAUUCAGGAGUUUUGUCCUAACACCAAAAUGCUUCUUGUGGGUUGCAAGUCUGAUCUACGCACAGACGUGAGCACAUUAGUGGAGCUUUCCAAUCAUAGGCAAACACCAGUAUCAUAUGAUCAGGGUGCGAAUAUGGCGAAACAGAUUGGAGCAGCUACUUACAUUGAAUGCUCAGCCUUACAGUCAGAAAACAGCGUAAGAGACAUAUUUCAUGUUGCCACAUUGGCAUGUGUCAACAAAACAAACAAAAAUGUUAAGCGGAACAAAUCACAGAGGGCAACAAAGCGAAUUUCACACAUGCCUGGCCGGCCAGAACUAUCUACAGUCGCUACAGAUUUGCGAAAGGACAAAGCGAAGAGUUGCACAGUCAUGUGAAGGAUCUAGGUUUUACUAGGAAGAAGGAAGAGACAAUGAUCUGGAAAGGUGAAGACUCAAUGAAGUACACAGCCAAAGUGGUAUAUAAUGUGUGGGCUUAUGUCAAUACUUUUAAAGGAUGCUCUUCACCUUUUGUGUGAGAUUGUAUUUAGGGAUUCAGCAUGUAGACUAAGCAGUGGGAAGAGAUGGAUCUGAAUGGGAUGGCUGUCAAAUGUUACAAGGAAGAAAUGCCAAAAAAGGAAAAUAUUUGAAUGUGCUAGAGAAGAGGAGGAAAAGUAGCACCUCAGAGAAAGAUGAUGACCUUGACAGUGCUUGUUUGUUUUCUUAAAGAUCUAUUCCUGGAUACCUACUUUGAUUUAAUUAAAAUAAUAUUUUAAUGUUCUUUUUAAAAAUUAAAUAUGUUAACAACAUUCACAUCAUUGGAGACCUAGCCCAUGACCUUACAGUUAGUUUUUCCAAAGGAUAUGAUCUAAUUUCCUUGUAGCUCAUCAUUAAAAUGGAAAUUAUAUCAAGACCCAUGGGUCAUCCGGAGGAAAACAUUGUAUAUGAAAACCUUGGAAAUUAUGCCUUCCUGAGUUGGCUUCACAAGCUAAAUUGGAACAUGUUAAUGACGAGAAUCUUUUGAGACUUCCUAUUAUUAUAUGUGCCCUAGCACAAUAAAACUAGACAGAUCAAGUUUAAAAAAAAAACAAACCUGCUUGUUACUGAACUUUUCAAAAUAUUGAUUUAUUUCUGUUCGUCAUUGUGAUUGUACUUAAAAGUAAUGCUUUUAAACUUUGUUUUUACAUCUUCUGUGGAAAAAUAUGAUGUACUGUUGGGAUAUGUCGUCGUAGGUUGAACUGCAAAAGCAGAUGAAUGGUGCUAUUAUGAUUACAAAUUAUUCUCAGUUUAAAACAUGAUUCUUACAGCCUUAGUGCCCAACCCUGUUUAGGUUUUGUGAACCCUCAUCUCCUAGUCUUCUGGAGCAGAGGAACUCAUAUUUUUCCCAUGCCCUAUUGCUGUGUAAUGGAGAAGUGCUAUUUUUUUGGUAUGGUUCUCUGUAACUAUGUUUUACGCAAAAAUAACAGUAUACACAUGAGCCAACAUAGCCAAGUUCAUCUUGUAUACGAUGCAUUCUACCAGGGCUGCAUUUGGUGACUGUCUCUUAUUACCGAUCCUUAUUUUCUUAUAAUGAGUGCUGUAAGGAAAUGGAGCCUUAAGGGCCCUUAGUGGAAACUGGAUACUGUUUUACUCCUAAAGGACUAAUAUGUGCAUAUCCAGACAGUGGUCAUUAAACAUUACUUCAGUGAACUGGCUUUAGUCAAACUUUUUCACUUGCUGAUUACUACAGUUACAUGAAACAAAUCAAUCAGCCUUUAAAAUAGGUUGCAGAUGUUUACUGACCAAUUAUUGUCAUGGCUUUUUUAAAAAAAGGAUGCUCUGACCAGUGUUGCUCUAGCUUGUUGAAAAACAAGCAUUCCUUUCCAGUGAUGAUGCUUCAUUUUUGAAGUAUUAAAGUGGUGUUUGCAUUAAGCUGUGGCAGGAUAGAGGAUGGUGGAAAUUAAAAUACUCAGUUCUAUGUGGUACCAGCACUUUGCUUUGUAUCUGGGGAAAAAAAUAAAAUUCCAGUCAUUUCCCACAAAACCUCCCAGGCAUUUGACCACCAUACUAUGCGUUUGAUUGACACAACAAUAUGCUUAGGGCAGUAUUACAAAAUAGCUGGCAAGUGCUUUCUGUAUUUAAGUAUUUGUAAAAAAGAAAGUAAGUUAUAACUGUUAUAAAACAGGAUAUUCAUUACUUUCUCUUUUUUUAAUGUUGAAGUCACUUUGUAUGUUUGUUUCUGCAGUAUUUAUUAAAAUAUCUUUUUUUCUUUGAAUAAAAAUAACCAAGUCUUAGUGUAAA